UGAGCCUGUGAAAUAGGACAGGUCUUAGGAUGGGAAAUUGGAAAACAAAAAACAGAUUCCUCGCACCCGCCGGCUGGCGGGGCAGGACAGCCACUUCGCGGCCGGGCCCGCCGGCUACUGCGGGCACACGGAGCGGGAAGAUGGCGGACGUGGUCGUGGGCAAAGACAAGUGCGGGGAGCAGCGGCUCGUCUUGCUGCCCUUGUCCCGCAUCCGGGUCAUCAUGAAGAGCUGCCCCGAGGUGUCCAGCAUCAACCAGGAGGUGCUGGUGCUCACGGCCAAGGCCACGGAGCUCCUUGUUCAAUAUCUAGCUACACUAGUUCAAUAUUCCUACAGACAUGGCAGUGGAAAGGAAAAGAAAGUCCUGACUUACGGUGACUUAGCAAACACUGCGGAGGAAUCAGAAACUUUUCAGUUUCUUACAGAUAUAUUACCAAAGAAGAUUUUAGCUGGUAAAUACCUGAAAAUGCUUAAAGAAGAAAAGAGGGAAGGAGAUGAGGAGAAUGACGAUGAUAAUGGAAGUGACCACGAUGAAGCCGAAUCCUAAACCAAAAAAGGGCUUUAAAGCCAGCCUGGCGAGGACUGCCCCGGAUCUGCUCCACUGUCUCCAAGCAGACACAACACUGCACACCUUUAGCUCUUCCAGUGCGUGGGAUUCUUUCCAGGCCAAGACUGAGUGCCUCAUGCACCUAGGCCACAAACAGCCAGAGGGAGAGUGACCCGGACAACAGCCCCUACACAGGCCCACUCUGCAGCUCAGGCACCAAGAAAGCAGCCGAGACCGGCAGCCAUUGCCGGCUGAUCUGCAGCUCCAAACUGUAGAGGCAAGGCCAAUUUUAACUUUUAAAUUUACCGUCAGUUUUGAAGAGCUUCUACAUA